AUCCAAGCCGGCUCUGGCGUCGCCGCCAUCUUUGUUGAUGUGUCAGCUCCGCGGGGAUCUGGGGGGGAAGAAACCGCGGCGGAGAGAGGAGAGAGCGCGGCGUCGGCCCCGACUUGCACCGCCGCCCCCUCGCACCGAUCUCCUCGUCUGCCGCCGCCCGCCGCCAUGGAGGAGUGGGGCCCGAGGCCGGAGCUGCCGCGGCCUCGCUAGGGGUGCAGACGGAGGCUCGGAGAAGUGGGAUGUAAAACGAAGAUCAGGAACAGAUUUGAAGAAAUGCAGAGCGAGUUGGUGCCAGUCAGCAUGUCAGAGACAGAGCACACCGCCUCCAUUUCCUCUGGUGAAAAUGUUGGGAAAACACCUGAACUAAAGGAAGACUCCAGCAACUCGUUUUCUGGCGAUGAAAGCAGCAGCAUAGAAAAUGAAUCCCAACUAUUGUCAUUAAACUUUGGUAAAACUUCGUGUCAGCCUGAUGAAAACAGUAAUCAGAUUGAAGCACAGGAGAACUAUAUGCCAGAUCAUGGUGGAAGUGAAGAUUCUAAAACAGACCUAUGCCCAGAAAAUUCUGAGCAAAUAGCUAAUUUUCCUGGUGGAGAUUUUACAAAGCAAGUUUCGAAAACAAAUGGAACUGAACAGACAGUAAGUCAAAUAUUGGCAGAAUUAAGGUCCUCCACAUUUACAGAAGCAGCCAGUCAAAAGACUUACUCAGGAAAUCCCUAUGAUACAGACUGCACCAAGAAACUUAUUUCAAAAAUAAAGAAUGUUUCAACACCAGAGGAUUUGUUAGAAGAAAUAGAAUCUGAGCUCUUAUCUACGGAUUUUUCAGAACACCGAGUACCAAAUGGAAUGAAUAAGGGAGAACAUGCAUUAAUUAUGUCUGAAAAAUGUGUGCAAGAUAAGUAUUUGCAGCAGGAGCACACCAUAAAGAAGUUAAUUAAAGAAAAUAAGAAGCAUCAGGAACUCAUUUUAGAUAUAUGUUCAGAAAAAGACAAUUUAAGAGAUGAACUAAAAAAAAGAACAGAAACAGAGAAGCAGCAUAUGAAUAUAAUUAAACAGUUAGAAUCAAAAAUAGAGGAACUUAAUAAAGAAGUGAAAGCUUCCAAAGAUAAACUAAUAGCUCAAGAUAAUGCAACUAAAAAUGCAGUUCAGCAGUUACACAAAGAGAUGGCCCAUCGGAUGGAACAGGCCAAUAAGAAAUGUGAAGAGGCUCGCCAGGAAAAAGAAGCAAUGAUAAUGAAGUAUGUAAGAGGUGAGAAAGAAUCUUUAGACCUCCGAAAGGAAAAAGAGGUACUUGAGAGAAAACUUAGAGAUGCAAAUAAAGAAACUGAGAAAAACACUAACAAAAUUAAGCUGCUUUCUCAAGAGAAAGGACGUUUGCAACAGCUGUAUGAGACAAAGGAAGGUGAAGCUACUAGACUCAUCAGAGAAAUAGAAAAACUAAAGGAAGAUAUCAACUCUCACAUCAUUAAAGUAAAAUGGGCACAAAACAAAUUAAAAGUGGAAAUGGAUUCGCACAAGGAAACCAAAGAUAAACUCAAAGAGACAACAACAAAGUUAACCCAAGCAAAGGAAGAAGCAGAUCAGAUACGAAAAAAUUGUCAGGAUAUGAUAAAAACAUACCAGGAAUCAGAAGAAAUUAAAUCCAAUGAGCUUGAUGCCAAGCUCAGAGUCACAAAAGGAGAGCUUGAAAAACAAAUGCAGGAAAAAUCUGACCAGCUAGAGAUGCAUCACGCCAAGAUCAAGGAGCUGGAGGACCUGAAGAGGACGUUUAAGGAGGGCAUGGAUGAGCUACGGACCCUGAGGACAAAGGUGAAAUGUCUAGAAGAUGAACGAUUAAGAACAGAAGAUGAAUUAUCGAAAUAUAAGGAAAUUAUUAAUCGCCAAAAAGCUGAAAUUCAGAACUUCUUGGACAAAAUGAAAAUUGCAGAUCAGAUACAGGAGCAACAUCAAAGAGGUAAACAAGAAAUUGAGAAUUUGAAGGAAGAAGUGGAAAGUCUUAAUUCUUUGAUUAAUGAUCUACAAAAAGACAUCGAAGGCAGUAGGAAAAGAGAAUCUGAGCUACUGCUGUUUACAGAAAAACUUACUAGUAAGAACGCACAACUUCAGUCUGAAUGCAAUUCCUUACAGUCCCAGUGUGACAAGCUUUCCUGUAGUGAAAGUCAGUUACAAAGCCAGUGUGAGCAAAUGAAACAGGCAAACACCAGCUUGGAAAGUAGAUUGUUGAAAGAGGAAGAAUUGCGAAAAGAGGAAGUCCAGACCCUGCAAGCUGAACUCACUUGUAAACAAACAGAAGUUAAAGCAUUGAGUACCCAAGUUGAAGAAUUAAAAGAUGAUUUAGUAACUCAAAGACGUAAGCAUGCCUCUAGUGUCAAGGAUCUUACCAAACAACUUCAGCAAGCUCGAAGAAAGUUGGAUCAGGUGGAGAACGGAGGCUACGACAAAGAAGUCAGCAGCAUGGGAAGUCGUUCUAGUUCAUCAGGGUCCAUUAAUGCUCGAAGCAGCGCAGAAGAUCGAUCUCCGGAAAAUACCGGGUCGUCGAUAGCUGUGGAUAACUUCCCAGAAGUAGACAAGGCCAUGCUGAUUGAGAGGAUAGUAAGGCUGCAGAAAGCACAUGCCCGGAAGCAUGAAAAGAUAGAAUUUAUGGAGGAUCACAUCAAGCAAUUGGUGGAAGAAAUUAGGAAAAAAACAAAAAUCAUUCAGAGUUACAUUUUACGGGAAGAGGCAGGCACCCUUUCUUCAGAGGCAUCUGAUUUUAACAAAGUCCACCUAAGUAGACGGGGAGGCAUCAUGGCGUCUCUGUACACAUCCCAUCCUGCUGAUAGUGGACUGACGUUGGAACUCUCUCUGGAGAUCAACCGGAAAUUGCAGGCUGUUUUGGAAGAUACGUUACUAAAAAAUAUUACUUUGAAGGAAAACCUACAAACACUUGGGACAGAAAUAGAACGUCUUAUUAAACACCAGCAUGAACUAGAACAGAGGACGAAGAAAACCUAACCCGAAGCUGCUGCUCAGUGAAGAACCACCACCACACGAGGAGCAGGUCACUGCCCGUCGUCGGAACCAUCCUCUGCUGUGUCAGCCAGUAAAGAAUGAUUGUUUCACCUGAUAGACAGUAUCCUUUCCCUUAGGAGUGCACUGCGGUGUGGCCUGUAAGAGUGUAGACUUGAUGGAAUUUGUUUUCAUGUGGUGACAGCCCGCCAUAGAACCAAAACAGCCUAGUUUCAUUUGCUAAGAAUCAUUGAAAUGAUCAGCAUUACAAGGGCUUUUGAAAACCCCUUCUCCAUUUUUCCCCUUUAAAACACAUAAUGUCAAAAACGAUCCAGCUUUUUAAAAGUACGCAUGAAAGUACCAGUAAUAUGCUAUUUUCCUAACUUAAAGAAAAAUAAAAAAUAAAAAAUUUUGCCUUGACAUUCCAA